CAAAAAAGGUACACUAGUUCUUAUGAGAGGCUCCACGAGAUGUAAGGUUUAAAUCAUCAUUUCAAUGUGCGGCCUAAAAAAAUACGAGUUCUUUUUUCGCUUUGAGUUCAUUUUUUUUAUUUUAAGCACCCAGAAAGGGACACUUUUGAAAACACCCUAUGAUUAAAAUGAGAAAGUUACUUUUUAGAGCGUUUGUACUUCUGUCAUUUGGCUGCGUUUUUCAGGCUGUUCACGGUGAACCGCGCCCUAGGUCCAGGGAAAUAGCACGCGCGCACCCGGCAAGUGCCUCGCGCCUGGCGAUACGAUGGACCGGUAACGGGCGCGUUUUUAACCUACUGAGUCACGGCUCUGAAUAUAUACCGUCGCGCCGAAGAGGGAAUGUGGACCUGAACAGACCGGCGCUGGUGAUCCGGGAAUCGAACGAGACCGUGCCGGGUGGCCUGGGAGUGGGCACAGAACCCACGCACACAGAUAACGGAGACGUGAUGAUGGCAGAUAACCCGUACGACCCUUACAAGUCCAUUCGCAACGAGCUCUAUAACCCCUAUUACAACUAUUACGACUCUUACUACCAGCCGCGCUACAGGCACAGAGUUAGGCAUGGCUAUGGGACGAGAUUUUUCCAGAAUGGUCUUCCAGAUCUGAUUCCUGACGCGUAUUAUGUGCAAACCUCAACUUAUAUACAGAGGGUGCCAAUGUACAACCUUAGAUGCGCGGCUGAGGAACACUGUUUGACAAGCUCAGCUGCGAACGCGCGGGACUACGACACGCGCAUCCUACUCAGGUUUCCCCAGCGCGUGAAGAACCAGGGUACUGCUGACUUUCUCCCCAACAAACCACGAUACGCGUGGGAAUGGCACAGCUGCCACCAACACUACCACAGCAUGGAUGAGUUUUGCCAUUAUGAUCUACUUGAUGCCUCUACCCAGAGUAAAGUAGCUGAAGGCCACAAAGCCAGUUUCUGUCUGGAGGAUACCUCCUGUGACCCUGGCUACCAUAGGCGUUAUGCCUGCACUUCACAUACUCAGGGCUUGAGCCCAGGAUGUUAUGACACGUACAAUGCAGACAUUGACUGCCAGUGGAUUGACAUUACUGAUGUCAAACCUGGAAAAUACAUUCUCAAGAUAACUGUGAAUCCAAGCUACCAGGUUCCAGAGUCAGACUUUACUAAUAACAUAAUGCGCUGUGACAUUCAGUAUACAGGCAAUAAUGUACAUACAUCUGGGUGCAGUAUAUCUCAAUACUGAUACUGCAGAGCGUCGUCGUCAAACCCCAAAAGUCAGUUGUUAAGGAAGAAAAAAACAUCACCUACUGCAAGAACAAGCGCAGAUUACUGAUACGGAAGUCCAAAGGUCAUAUGGCCAUAUGUUGCAUAUGAAGAUUCAUAGGAUGAUGCCAUUUUUACAAUCAUAUUAUUUUUAAAACCUAGGGUCUUAUAGGGGCAACCUAUAAAGUUCUAAGUAAAACCUUACAACAUUGUGUUUCCUAUUAAAGAACAACUCAUUUAAGUAGCAAAGAUUAGACAAAUAACCCUUGAGAAACCUUUUUUUAAGAGUGCAGUUUUAUAUUAAUUUAGCAAAUGUUUUAACACAAUAUAACAUAUACAUAAUAUACAUAAAAUAACAUAAAAGUGAAUCAGAAUUUGAGUGUGAGAAUAGAAAAUUAUAUUCUGGCCUUAGUUUAUACAUCUCAUUGUUGUAGAUAAGAUGGAAAGAUGGUGAAACAUCUUAUUUUUAUUAGUAGUAUUAUGUUAUUUAUUACAGCAAAUAUCAUGUUUAAUUUGUUUUGUAAUAUAAAACUCAUUUUUGCUAGAUAUCAAUUAGUACUAUACUGAAUACUAAAUGUCCUACAUAAAUACCUAAGUUGUAAAUCUAUUUUUUGUUUUUCUCUUUUAAUAUUUCACAACUAUGCUAUUUAAUCAAGUAUAUUGCCAAUAUUCAAGAAUAUUGCCAGUAGUUAGGGCUAGUUUACCAGUAAUAUUCUGAGUAACUAAGAUAUUUAUUUACAUGUAUUACAUAUAUGCAGAGAAACUAAAUAGGCUGAAAAACAGGGUGAAUUUUUUUGAAUUUGAAUGAAUUGAAUUAAAAUCUUAAUAUUAAAUUUGAAUUGUGUUAUAUUAAUUUAAGCUAAAGCAGAUCAUAACAUGUGUUGUUCUGGUUCUAUGUUAAACUGUAUUUAGAAAUAUACAAUCACUAUAGGUUUAAAAUGCAAAUGUCAACUUCAUGAAUGUUUAUAUUGUAUAAAUGAUUCAAAAGUUGUUUUAUACAUAGUUCUCACAUUUCAGAGAACCAAAAGUAAUGAAUUCAGGCAAUAACUGCCUCAGAGGUGUGUAAAAAUAUAUGCUUUAUUAAGACAUGUUUUAAUAUGGUUAAAUAUGUUUAGGUUGAUAUUGCUAUAUGCAUCAGGACUGUUAUUUUAUUUUUGAUUGAGUAAUAUAACCAUAGAAACAUAUUUCCUUCACAUACCUGUGAAUUUCUGAGUCUAUGGCACCUGUGGAAUAUAGCUAUAUUAAUGCAAUGCUUCUUACCUACUUAAUACAUUAAAAAUGAUCUGCCUUGAAGGAAUCUAUUAGGUAGUAUCCUUUGAGGAAUACACUUUUACUCUUUAGUUUUUAUCUGCCAGAAAGCAUUCAGUUGGACUAUAAUCUAUCUUGUAGGAACUUAGAAGCAUAAAACAGUAAGAGCAUAUCUUUCUUAUAAACCUAUUCUACUGCGUAUCUGUCUUGCAGACACUGACAAUAAUCAGCCUCUGAGGUAAAUUCUAAUAUUAACAUAAUCUUUUUUUUUUAAUCUAUUUGCAUGCCUUCAGUGUCUGCUUUAUAUGCAGUGCUUGAAGUGGAAAAAUAUUUGACAAAAAUUAGUUGACACAAGAUUCUUUGGAUGUGUAAAACAUUAUGUAAAAUGUUGACAUCUGUACUCAGUUUGAAACAGCAUUUUUCUUUGGAGAGGUAUGAAGUUUAAAA